AAUCAGAGCCUGCGAGCGAACUCCUCGCGAGAGGUGAGGUUGAAGCUGCCUCCGCCAUCUUGAAGAUGGGAGACGAGCGACAGCUGUUGUCUUUCUGCUAAAGCAAACACCACAACGGACCGGGUGGUCACCCCCCACGGUGAGGUAAUCGUCCCCAUAACUGCUAACCAAAGCCACCGAAAGCGGCGACCGUAUCGAAGCCGAGCGCGGCGGCACCGACGGCCCCUUCACCUGCCUCCCGGGCAGAGGGGAAGUGUGGAGGGCCAGAAGGAUGGUGCAGUCCUGUUCCGCCUACGGCUGCAAGAACCGGUACGAUAAGGACAAGCCCGUCUCCUUCCACAAGUUUCCUCUUACCCGUCCCAGUCUUUGUAAACAGUGGGAGGCAGCUGUUAGAAGGAAAAACUUCAAGCCCACUAAGUACAGCAGCAUCUGUUCGGAGCACUUUACUCCAGACUGCUUUAAGAGAGAGUGCAACAACAAGCUACUGAAGGAGAACGCUGUGCCCACUAUUUUUCUCUAUAUAGAGCCACAUGAGAAGAAGGAAGAACUGGAACCCCAAGAGCAGCUUCCCUCUCCUUCACCCCCCACUUCCCAGGUUGACGCCGCUGUUGGGUUGCUAAUGCCUCCUCUCCAGACCCCUGAUAACCUCUCAGUUUUCUGUGACCACAACUACACUGUGGAGGACACAAUGCACCAGAGGAAGAGGAUCCUUCACCUGGAGCAGCAGGUUGAAAAGCUCAGGAAGAAGCUCAAGACCGCCCAGCAGCGGUGCCGGCGGCAGGAGAGACAGCUGGAGAAGCUCAAGGAAGUCGUACACUUCCAGAGAGAGAAAGACGACGCCUCGGAGAGGGGCUAUGUGAUUCUACCAAAUGACUACUUCGAAAUUGUUGAAGUGCCAGCAUGAAAGAUGAGGUGUAUAGUGGACAAGACUGUGUACCUUCUUUUAGCCUACAUACAGGAGUUCAUUUGAAAAAGAUAACAAUUACUUGUAUUAAAAAACAAUAUUUUUUUAAAAUAAAUUAGAUAUAUACUGUAUAAUUGUAAUUUUUUGUUUGUAAUUUCAGAGUUUCUACAUUUUAACAAAAUAUUUAAGAAAAUCCUUAAACCACCAACAUAAUGUUGUAUAUUGGUUUCAAGAUGGUGGACUGUUUUUCAUUUGAGUAUUUAUAGAAAUAAUGUAAAAAUAAAAAGUAGAGAGGGUAAGGGUGUGGUAAAAAUGAUUUAAGUUUAAAAAUUAAUGCCGUUUAUUGAGAUAACUUAUGAUUAAAUCAGAAGUCUAAGUGAGAGCAUAGGACAUAGCCUUUCAGAAUAUAGAGAUGUACACACACACAUUCUGUAUUUAUAGCCAGAGCUUCAUUUAUUUUUCUCAAUCACUUAUCAAAAACGAACUGUCAAGCCAAUAUUUGAGGAAAUUAUUUUGCUGUCUUCAGAAAAACCAUUCCAUAGUUAAUAAUUUCAUAAAGAGUAGAGUCUUAGGAGUAGGUCCUUUGUGUCCCUAGCUUUAUGAAUUGGAAGAGUGCCUUGGGGAAUGGCAGGCCUCAAAGUGAGCUGUUGGCAUUGGUGAGGUGAAAACUGGGGGCUGGCUGGAGAGAUGUGUCAGUGGGCAAGGUGCACACAAGCCUGCUCCCUGAGUUUAGCCCCUGGGACCCCAUAAAGGAAGGAGAGAACCUCUCCACGGAGUUUCUGUCAGGCCUCCACGUGUGCUGUGACAACUUUCUAAAGAAAUAAAAUUGGGAUCUGGUCUUGAUCAGCCCCAGGCUGAAGGCAUCUGAUUCCACAGCUGAAGUUCAAUCUGCAUUCAGACCUCUGACAAAGUAUUUUAGUAGAGUUUGUUUUAUAUUAUAAUACGAUACUUUGGCCCUUAAGUAUUUGAUAGAUUUGCCCUUAACUGUUUGACUUUGGUCAAGACAUUGCAUAGAAAGUAUUCUUUUCACUCAGAAGUUAGAAAUGACAUCCAAUUUACUUCAUGUGGCCUAUGUUCAAAAGUAACGUGUCGUGUUUCUGUCACCGUUGAGACGUAAAUAUUGCAGCUUCUGUUCGCACUGUGGCUUGUGUUCUGACUGUGAGAAAGCUUACAUAUAUUUGAAACGAAAAUGUGUCCUGAGUAAACAAGUGCUAAUAAAAAAAGAAUCCUCUAGGCUUAGGAGAACUGUAUUUUAUACUUCAGAAUACACUGUAGUCGAAGAAUAGCAGACCUUUCAAGACAGUAUUAAAGCUAUGUUAUUCCAGUA